GGAUGCAAAGCCCCUGACCUCUGUAUGGGCAGUGCCGAUUGGCCCUGUGCUGAUCACAUGCAUUUUCCAAAAAAAAAAAUCUCUCUAGCGAUACUCACGAAACUGAGCAUGUGGCUAGGGGUUCAGUCUGUCUUAUCAGGAGAUAAAAUGUGGACAUUUGAACAAAAGGAGGAGCAGAGAAGACAGGAUGAAACAGCCUUUUUCCACAAUGCAGAGGAUUAACCCCUUGGAUUCCACAGUGAGUAUAACAAACAUGCUUUACUGCAUAUACAGACUGAUUUUACUGCUGUGGGUUUAG